AUGGAGGCACCUGAUGUCCCUCGCUCGCGCGAUGGGAAGAUCAAGAAGAAGUUUGGCAGUACUCUGACCUCCUUCGUCAAACAGUAUCCGCAUCAGACCAACGGCAGACGCGAGCUCCGCUUGGAAGACAGAGGCGUCAAUCGACCAUCCACAGGCGCAUCUACCACCAGACAGAAGCCGACGUCUGUCGACACCACAAUUCACACUGGAAACCCUACUCAUCGCUCGAUACCUCAGAAUGGAUCGACGGAAGCACUUCAUGAGCCCCUGAUCCAUGACUUUGGUGGUGGUGGUGGCGAUCAGUACACUUCGAAACCUCAGUAUAGCUUUGCCGAGCCUGGCGCAUAUCAUGCACGAGUCUCCGGGCCACACCACAGCGAUGGGCCCGAUUUCUCCAAUCUCGACGACCAAGACAAUGUCUCUGACCGCCCGCAUGAAUACUCGAGGCAUAGCGUGCACGUGCCCACCCGGAACAGCAGCAUCACGCAUACCCAGCCAUCGUCGAACAUGCACUCCCGGGUCCAGUCACGGUCACGCUCGAGACAGCCAACGGGCAGCAGGAAGCAAUCUGUGGCAGAUGUUGGUGAUUACGCCCCAGGCUCACCAGAGGACGCCACCCCAACUGUGAGCAGGUACGGAGCAGGCGAUAGAAGCAGUGCUGAAUCCAUCGUCUCUGAAUCGCGGACCUCAGUGACAUCCAUUCACACUCUGCCCGCACUCCAGACGAAAGGCCCAGACAACAGCGAUGCUCAGUACCUCGAGCCUGUGAUCGAAGACGACCCGCGAUCGUUCGACCUGGUCGCACCGCAUCAGGAGGACGCACAUGUUGGUAUCUACGAGCUCGAGAGGAGAGGUGAACAGAUGUUCGCCCCGGAGCAUUUGCAGAUAGUGUUCGACGACCCCAAGCUGCUACUGAAAUUCACUGGAUACCUCAACGUACAUCGACCGAAGAGCAUACCAAUGCUGAUAUACUAUCUCGACGCGCUGAAAGCAAUCCGAGCCAUCAACUAUGCAAACGCGAUCGCAGAAGCGCUAGAUCCGAUACGCGGCCAACAGUUCACCCAGGAAUCCGCACGGCCGACUGCAAACAAAGCUCUGGAAGAGAAAGCGAAGCGCGCAUUUGACAUCCUGGUACGGGACGAUCUGCCAGCAUAUGUCGCGCAUACAUGGAUCCAACUAGUCAGCGUCAGCAUCCAGCGUCGCAUUACUGGCACCUUAGCACCGCAUUUGCGAGAGGCCUCCGAAGGUCUGGCCGAAGUGUUCUGCUUGACCGAUCCCAGUCGCCCGGACAACCCCAUCGUCUUCGCAUCCGAGGAGUUUGUGCGGACGACACAGUACGGGAUGAACUACGUGAUCGGACGUAAUUGUCGAUUCCUGCAAGGUCCGAAGACGAACCCGAAUUCUGUGAGACGGUUCGCGGAAGCUUGUCAGGCGGGCAAAGAGCAUAUUGAGGUGUUUGUGAAUUAUCGACGAGAUGGUAGUCCCUUUAUGAAUCUUCUCAUGAUCGCACCCUUGAUGGACAGCCGGGGUAAUAUCAGGUACUACAUCGGCGCGCAAGUCGACGUUUCAGGACUGGUAAAAGACUGUAGCGAUUUAGAGGGCUUGGUACGACUAGUGGAGAGAGAGGAGGAUCCUGAAGCUGCAGCCGAGGAUUUCAAACGCAAAGAUGAGUUCCAGGAGCUGAGCGAGAUGUUCAAUGGGGCUGAGCUGGACACGGUCAGGAAGUUUGGCGGGCAGAUGCAUAAGGAGUAUGUGGAGGAUAAUAGCGAUUCCCAGAGUUUGCAGGGCGGGAGGAGGUUAUUACUUACGGAUCCGACGCAGGAUGCUGCUGAUAGGUAUCGGGAUAGUAUGGCCAGUAGUCUCGGCAGCACGAUUAAAGACGAGCGCGUCAAUGGCAAGUUGGAGGGCGUGUAUCAGCACUACCUCCUCGUCCGCCCCGCCCCCUCCCUCCGCAUCCUUUUCACCUCCCCCUCCCUCCGCGUCCCCGGAAUCCUGCAAUCCCCCUUCCUCCACCGAAUCGGCGGCAGUAGUCGCGUCCGCUCCGAUCUCGCCACCGCUCUAUCCGAAGGCCGGGGCGUAACAGCCAAAAUCCGCUGGUUGACUCGCGCCGACGAGAGUGGGGACGGUGAGGGGAGGCCGCGAUGGAUCCAUUGUACGCCUUUGCUCGGACAUAGUGGGGCGGUCGGGGUGUGGAUGAUUGUGCUGGUUGAGGAGGAGGGGUAUGGCCCGCCUGGACAAGGAGGGGUUGUGGGGGGAUCGGGGAGGAGGUUCAGACCCGCUCCCGCCGUGGCGAAUAAUAUUGGCGGGAAGGAGUGGGACUCUAGAAUGCAGAAUUCGCAGUCGAGAUCGAGGUCCAGGCCGGCGGCGAAUGGGACUGGGAGCAGGAGGGCUGGAGCGGACGAGUAUGAUGCCAGGUCUUUGCCUCCGGAAGUUCCUUCCACUGCUGCUACUGCUGCUGUUGUUGCUGUGCAGAGGCGGCCCGGUGUUAGUAGAGGUGAUACGGGCUUGAGUCGGCAUAGUGCGUAUGGACAUGGACAUAUUAUUGCCCAGCAGGCUGAACGGGGGAGGACGCCGGGUGGUGGGGGUAGUGGUGGUGGUGGUGGCGGUGGUAGUAGCGGUGGGGCGGCUGGGGAAGCAGGAGGGUAUAGACCGACGACGUCGAGUGUGGGUGGGCAGAGUGGGCAUGAGAGUGAUUUCUCCUUUCAUGUUGGUGGGCGGUAG